AUGCACAUAAAAACGGUUCACGAUAGUCACAAAGAUUUUGCAGUUAGAGUCCUGAAAGAUUACUUAUGUGAAGAUUACCCGUGCAACAAUUGCGAAAAGAAAUUCGGGGAACGACGUACUUUGAUCAGGCACCAAAAAACGAUACAUGAACGUUGUAAAGAUUUUGUACACGACAAAUGCGAGAAAAAAUGUAGACAAAAAAUUCGAAAAAAUUACGCAUGUGACAAGUGCGAGAAACAAUUCGGAAAUAAAUCAAAUUUGUUAAGCCACCAAAAGACAAUUCACGAAGGUAGGAAAGAUUACGUUUGCGACGAGUGCGAGGAAAAAUUCGUAGACAAGAGCAUUUUGCGUUUUCACCAGCGAACUGUCCAUAAAGGUCGGAAAGAUUUUGCAUGUCAUAAGUGCGAGAAGAAAUUUGGACAAAAAUCAGAUUUGUUGAAGCAUCAAAAGACAGUCCAUGAAGGUCGCAAAGAUUACGCAUGCGACAAGUGCGAGAAGAAAUUUGGGCAAUCAAGCAAUUUGAUCACACAUCAAAACAUAGUCCAUGAAGGUCGGAGAGAUUUUGCAUGUGAUAAGUGCGAAAAGAAAUUUGGACCUAGUAACUGCCACAAUGAUGAUCUUCUCUUAUAUGUUCAUGAUAGGAACUACAAAAAAAUGUAA